GGCCAUUAAUUAUUGAAGCCCAUUAUCUCGCCUUGUUCGUAGCAUCGCGUCCCCCUCUCAACAAAACCCCGAAUCCCUCAAUUCAAAUUUCAAAUUCGAAUCUUAUCUACGACGGUGCGCCUCCUUAACCACCAUCACCACCACUUCCAUCACCAUCUCCUCCGCCACUAAUAAUAUUACCAAUUAAAUGGCGUCGGCAGGAGUGAAAGGAUUUUUCCGGGAGAAGAAGAAAGGAAAGCCCGGAGCGGCGAAGAAGGGCAAACACUCCGCCUCCUGCGGCUCCGACGUCGUUCAGCCCCCGGCUCUUAUCUCCAAUGCUACUCUCGAUCUUCAAGAAGAGAAUGAUGAGAAAGAGGAGGUUCUGAGGCAAUUCGACAUGAACAUGGCUUAUGGACCUUGCAUAGGGAUGAACCGACUGGAGCGCUGGGAGCGAGCUAAUAAAUUGGGUCUAAACCCUCCUGCACAAGUUGAAAACCUGCUCAGGAUGGAAAAAGCUAACUACUUGUGCUUGUGGGAUGCUCGUGUUUAGCCCUCCACAUGCUGCUGUUUCUCUACCUUGAUGCAUUUGGUUUCUUCUACCUAAAACUCACUCUUUUGUACGCUUAACGUUCUGUUAUGUUCUGCGUAAUAUAACCUCGACUAUUUGUACAUAUUUCUCCUACAAUUUUGUGCUGGCGAUGAGAAGCGAAUGUGGUUAGUAGUUGUAUGAAAUCAAAGGUAUGAGAUCCAGUUACAUAUAAUUAAAGUGAGGAGAAGAACAAAAAAUUGUAGCACCAUGGUUGUGUAAAAAUUGCAUAUCCUCUCUAUCUAUGACUUGUUUUUGUGUUGUUUA